AUGAAAGUGUGGCUUGCAUCCUCUGUGCUGUCCCUCUUGGCUUUCCCAGCAGUUCUCUUUGUCCUGGGCUCCCUAAUUGUGGUGCUGGCAACCCUGGCUGUAGUGUUCCAGCCUGCUGUGCCCAUCAUCAGCCCCCUGAAGGCCUGGAAGCCACGAUGGAGGAGCCUGGGCGAGCCACACAUCCCACCGGAGUACAUCCUCCUUAAAGACAGCCUUCAGUUCUAUCAGACAGUCGGUCCUCAUGCUUCUGGAGAAGAUGCUGACUUUGAAGAGAAGGGAGCUGUGCAUAAUGCAGAAGAGCGGUUGACACGGAGGCUCCUGGAGGAUUUCAGUGUUCGCACCCUCUACGAUAAGCUGGAAGAUCAGAACUUGCAUCUGGCAUCUCAGCUGGCCAAGCACAGGAUGGACGUGCUGGUGUUCUACAAUGGAGUCAGCCAGCAGAUCCGGAGUCUCAUGGACAUGCUGCAAGCACUGGACACUGAAGACUUGAAAAGGGCUCGUGAGCACAGACCUGCAGAGAGCAGCAGGGCAGCAGCAUGUGCUGAACAGUGUGAUGGGCACUGUGGACACGACUUCCAAGCAGGCGCUCCAUGGCAAGAGGCAACAGAGUUAAUGAAAGCUCUGGAGAUGCUGCUGGGGAAUGCUCUGUACAAGAGUGCAUCCUUGAAGCGAGCUGUGGAGCAGAAG